AGUUUAAAGUUUCUAGGGCUCCGAGGAACACAAUGAUUUGGAUCAAACGGGCUAAAUGGGAAGCAGAGCAUUUCUGCUAAUCAAGGAAGCCGUCCUUGGAAAUCCUGCUAAGUCAAUUAUCUUUUCUAUGCGUCCACGCCGCGCGGAAACGCCCGACCGACCUCCUCUUCCACUGACCAGAAAUUCUUUUUGACAAUCAAGGAUAUUCUGAAAGGUUGGAGACGAAUGCUUGGAAAAUGAAACGACCCGGGAAUGUGAUCACAUCAUUAUUUUGUGUUGGGUAGGGCCAGAUGGGCUCCCGGUCAAAGACUCAGGGAUGUGAACCCAUAGUUUUAUAAUGCGAAUUUUCUCCCCAUAAAACUAAAGCCGAUUUCAUUUCCCUCUCUUUUCGUUUGGUCGGUAGUACUUGCUUUAUCGCCUCUGCGGUAUCAGCUGAACUGUGCAGUGGGGUAGCCAGAAAGGACGAGAUGAGGCGGUCUGGCUCACCCUAGGAAAGUGUCGGAGGAGUCGCAGAGGCCGGGGGGCUGCGGCGCGGCGCGGGCUGCGAGGAUUUCAGGGCGGUCAUGGAGCGGACGGUGCGCUCGGUCCGCGGAGGGUAGAGCCCGGCGCGCCCGGAGGCGUCUGCAGGUCUCGCCGCAGGCUUCUAGGCCGUGGCUGCCUCACAUCCACUGCCGUUCAGUGCCAUUAUCACUACUGUCGAAAAGUCAUGGAAGACGGCCCGCUCCCGGACCUCAGAGAUAUCGAGCUGAAGCUGGGGCGCAAAGUACCCGAGAGUCUAGCGCGCUCUCUCCGCGGGGAGGAGCCGGUGGCCGGGGAAAGAGACAGGGACCCCUGCGGGGAAAGCUUCGCCACCGGCGGUGGUGGCUGCAGUAGGAGCAGCAGCUGCUGCAGUUUUCCUCCCUCCUUGUCGUCCUCCUCUUCGCCCUCCCCAACCGCCGGCUCCCCACGACGUAGCCACUCCAGCGCCCUGGAGAGGCUGGAAACCAAGCUUCACCUCCUUAGGCAAGAGAUGGUUAACCUCAGAGCUACAGAUGUCAAGCUCAUGCGGCAGCUGCUUGUUAUCAAUGAGAGUAUCGAGUCCAUCAAGUGGAUGAUUGAAGAGAAAGCCACUAUUACCAGUCGAGGCAGCAGUCUCAGCGGCAGCCUGUGUAGCUUGCUGGAGAGUCAGAGCACCUCCUUACGUGGCAGCUACAACAGCCUGCAGGAUGGCAGUGAUGGGCUAGAUGGCAUCUCUGUGGGAAGCUACCUGGACACUUUGGCAGACGAUGUCCCGGGACAUCAGACCCCUUCAGACUUGGAUCAGUUCAGUGACAGCUCCAUAAUAGAGGAUUCACAAGCACUACACAAGCACCCCAAAUUGGAUGCUGAGUACUACUGCUUUGGCUAAUGAUCAGGUUUUCACAUGGGACUGUUGUGCAAACUUGCAUCUAUCCUUCUCUGCUGCUAUAUUUUUGGUGUUUGUUUUUAAAAAAGAAAAUCUUUUUGAAGAAGCUUAUUUUUGAACUGCGUCAUAGUCUUUCUUUUGCUCCUAAUAUUUCUCACCUAGAUUGAUUUAUUUUUCUCUGUUACAGCUCUAUUUUUAUUUAUUACAGUAAUUUCCCCCCUUUUACUGUAGCACAAAGAAAGUAGGGGGGAAAGAAUAAGCAAUAAGUCUGUUUUUGCUUUUCUUUUCAGAGCAAGGGGUCAGGGAUUAUAAGAAAUAAUUCGCUAAAUUUUACAAUAAACCAAAGUCUGAUAACUGUUAA